AUGGACCCUUUGUCUCUGGUGGCCGAACACUGCGCCGAUGCCGGACACACGUUCGCCUUUCAGCAUGCCGAAAUUCUGGGCCGGGGAAACGAUCGCAUAGCCAGGGAAACAAUCGAGGCUUGGCACACGGGGACAACCUCCAUCAACCGCUGUGUGGCUCUUCCCGCUGCCUAUCAAGCCCUUCGAGCGCAGCUCAGUAAACAAAUGAGCAGACGUGCACCCAGGCUAAACAUUAAUCCAGACAUGAGCGAGUCCAUGGCGGAUACACACUCAGUCACCCCUCAACCGGGUUCCGACGAAGGCGCAGUCCUCAACGGAACGAGUGAGUUCCGUAUGAACGAUCGGUGAGCGCCCCCUAACAUUGUAUAUUCUCGAUCGAAAACCGACAGGGCAACGGGCUCGUGGCCCGGUGAGUAGAGGCGUUGACUUCUAAACCAACAGGUCGCGAGUUCGAGGCUCGGGUGUUCCACGCUUCGGGCUUGGGUAUGGCUGGCUGACGAUGGCUAAUAGGCCAGAAAUGGCCAUUCCAGUCUCCCUUGUCUUUGUCGGUAAUACCAUUCUGCCUAUAUAUCAUGCGCCGCUGUGCGGCCGCUGGUUGGGCUCGAGAGAGAGUCCAUAAGGCACAACGGAACGAGUGAGUUCCGUAUAAACGAUCGGUGAGCGCCCCCUAACAUUGUAUAUUCCCGAUCGAAAACCGACAAGGCAACGGGCUCGUGGCCCGGUGAGUAGAGGCGUUGACUUCUAAAUCAACAGGUCGCGAGUUCGAGGCUCGGGUGUUCCACACUUCGGGCUUGGGUAUGGCUGGCUGACGACGGCUAAUAAGCCAGAAAUGGCCAUUCCAGUCUCCCUUGUCUUUGUCGGUAAUACCAUUCUGCCUAUAUAUAUAUAUAUAUAUAUAUAUAUUUAUGAUAGUGGGCGCUCACCGAUCAGGCUACGGAACAUGCUCGUUCCGUUGUGCCUUGGGUCUCAUACUAGAACCCUCGCAGGCAGUCGCACAGCGACCAGUAGUAGAUAUAGAUGAGAUGGUACCGACAAAUUCAAGGGAGACCGGAAUGGCCAUUUCUGGCUUUUUAGGCGGUCUCACUUUUCUUUGUCGGUACCAUCUCAUCUAUAUCUACUACUAGUCGCUGUGCGACUGCCUGCGAGGGUUCUAGUAUGAGCCCCAAGUCACAACGGAACGAGCAUGUUCCGUAGCCUGAUCGGUGAGCGCCCAAUAUCAUAAUUAAUAUUCCCGCUCACAACCGACAGGACAACGGGCCCGUGGCUCAAUGGUAGAGCGUCAAACUCCAUGACCAAAGAUCCCGGGUUCGAAUCUCAAGUGAUCCACACUUGGGGUUGGGUAUGACUGGCUGAUGACGGCUAAUAAGCCAGAAAUGGCCAUUCCGGUCUCCCUUGUCUUUGUCCGUAGCCAGGUGCGUCUGUGCGCAUGUCUGUGUUUCUGGUCUCAGCUGCUGGUGGUCAGGGUUAUGAUUGGCUGAAUGAAGGCAGAAUAAGCCCGAAACAGUGCUGUAUCAAUCUACCCGCAUUCUCUGUCGUCCCUCCUUGCUGCUAUUAUGACUUGGCCGACUUCGGCCUGGUAAUUGGUUGCCUGUUCGUGACCUUUGCCACACAUACGGAGCUUGUUUGCUUUGUGAAGCCAAUAGAUCGGUGUGCGCCCAUUCCUGAUUGAUAAAUACCCGAUCUGCAGCGACAGAGAAUGACAGGUGGCGAGGCACUGAUGAACUUCGGUUCGAUGAAGUGCUUAUGACCCAUCUGGUAGGCCUCAGUGGUGGACCGACUGCGCCAGGUGCGUCUGUGCGCAUGUCUGUGUUUCUGGUCUCAGCUGCUGGUGGUCAGGGUUAUGAUUGGCUGAAUGAAGGCAGAAUAAGCCCGAAACAGUGCUGUAUCAAUCUACCCGCAUUCUCUGUCGUCCCUCCUUGCUGAUAUAUAUAUAUAUAUCAACAUGAGUAAAGAUUCGAGGUCCUGAUAAAUUAUCCCGUUCAUCAUCCCCAAAAGAAGACGAAGAAGAAAAAGGGGCGAUUGCAUGGACCACAGUGUAUUGGUGCUGACGUUUCGGAAACUUCCUCGUUUCCAUCAUCAGAGUGGUGGGGUGUCUGUUCCUGCUUGCUCGAAGUUGUUCUGCCUCGCCGCCUGUCUUGUGUUAUAAGCAUGCCUGACGCACGAACUCUGACCUGCCUUCUGGCUGGGGAUUGGCUUUGGUUCCUCCGAGGGCGGCCAAUGACGCGCUCCUGUGACCUCUGCCCCCUGAGCGGCUGUCGUAAUCGCUGCCAAUCCUGUGUGCCCAUGGGCCCUCACCUCAUAAUCGGAUGGACUGAUCAGUUGCCGUUGCAUGUGCGAAUCACGCUCGGCUGUCUGGGCGCGCCGGUGGGGCGAUGUCUCGCGUUCGUCGUGUGACCUCCGGCUGGCUCCUUCCCCCUGCUGUGAAGGUGACAACUGUUGGAGGAGCCGCUUUUUCUUCUUCGUCUUCUUUUGGGGAUGAUGAACGGGAUAUAUAUAUAUAUAUAUAUAUAUAUAUAUAUAUAUUCAAUCAGGAAUGGGUUCGCACCGAUCUAUUGGCAUCACGAGGGAUUUCACUUACUGCCAUUUUGCAUAAAACACUGCCGUAAUCGGAAAUGCCGACGUAUUGCACAGGGAAUGCGUGAAGAUAAUCUUUUGUUCGACGCAAACGAGAGCGAGUCGACGGGCAUCUUGGCAUAUUCUUAAGAACAGCGAUAGGCAGACUUCACAGCGUGCAUCCGACUCAGAACGAAUGCUUCUUACUCCGCACGGUGUUGGUGAAUGUGUCCGGUUCAACAUCUUUCCAGAAAUUGAAAUCUGUCAACGGCGUUACGCACGCCACUUUACUUAGUGCAUGCCAGGCUCUCAAUUUAUUGGAAAACCACCGAUACUGGGAUGUAUGCAUUAGUGCCGCGUUCAACACGUCCCAUCCACAUCGAAUUCGUUAAUUGUUUGCGGUCAUACUGACCGCCUGCUCUCCUUUAUCUUCAACAGAUUUAUGGGAGAAAUAUAAAUCGCACAUAGCUGAGGAUAUCUUUCGUCGACUACGCAAGGAAAAUUCCAAAUGCGGAUUUCACAUCACGAAUCUACAGCGAGGCGUUAAUAGUGAUUGGGGAUAUGUACGUAAGAAAUCGCGAAAAAAGUUCCUUAUCAACCGGAAAUGUCCUCAUCAAACCUAUCUUCUGCUGUUUCGUUAGAUGUAGAUUUGGGCAGUGGGCAAAAAAGCGCUCGAGGUCCUCUAUCGAACACUGCAAGAUUAGCGAGGAAACAGCAGACCAUCUGGAGACAUUACCGCUACUGCUUGCAUGAGACUUCAAGCAAACACUGCCUGUAAUUCCUCCAUCGGCAACAGCGGACGAAAUACAUGCCGUAUUUACGUUUCUUUGUGGCGCCAAAUCCAGACGGCAAAAUUAACUAGAAAUAUGCGUGUCCAGCUGCAAAACUACCGAUCAGCUGAGGUAUUCUCGCACUAAUUGCUGGCAAUUGGGAAUGCAACGGUGCGCACUGAUCCGGCUGCAAGAAGGAUUUCCCUACGUCUUAGUUUCGGCAAUUUAGUGUCAUCAAAAGAGGAAUUGGUUGAAAAUGUGUCUCCCACUAUUCAGACCACUUUCAACAAUCACGACUGAUUGAGCGACCUAGCUACUCUUGCGGCCACAAACAAACACAUGUACCAUCUUAACCAUAUUAUUCAGUCUAAAUUUCAAAGCGAGGCAACCACAUAUACGCCCGUCGAUACUGUUGUGGAAGCAGACGAGGCAGGUUAAUUGUCCAACAGAGAUUUUGAAUUCACCUGAGCCACAGCAACGCGUGGCAGGGUUCAGCUAGUUUAUUAAUAAAUAUCCUGGCCCUCGGUACAUCAGUUGCAUUUUUAAAAUUGUUCUGGAUGACUUGCUGCAGUUUUUUGCAGUGAUCCUGUUCUCCCCAUCGUCAUACUCGUGAAAAUAUCAAUGGCUACUCAACACGUUACAGUUGGAAUUUUGGUGUUCAUGUAGUCCAGUAGGGGAUUCACCAGCUAGCGCCAAAUGUCCCCUUGACAUCUAAGUUUAGUGCAGGCGGACUGCGCAACUAGGCGACCAGACAGGUCGGCCUUCGUCUGGAACCAGUCAGCAAACACCAAAUUAUCCGCUGAGGCCAGAACUGCCGCUGCUCCCGUCGCCCAUUGACCGCCCAACGCACCGAACGACCCUACUCCCCCUUACUUUGCCGGUCUCGCACUGCACGACGCGUCCUGCGCCCGCGCGCCCACGCCCACGCCAGUUCUCACGACUGACGUGGAGGCAGGCACGGUUUGUGCGAAUCCCUUGGCUGAAUCUGUGGCCAUUCUCAUCCUUUUUUCCAGAAUGCAGACUCUUGCCGUCGCCCAGCCCUGUCCCACGCAAGUUGAAUUUUUACCUCAAUAAAGGAAGGAGAUUCGAGAUGUCUACACACUAGGUGGCGGUAUCUCGUGAAACGUUACCCAAGGUUUCAACGAAUGUUUUCUAUUAGGUGUUAGGGUUGUAAUUUUCAGAGAUGUGAUGCUGUCCGGAUGACGGUUUUUGCAUGAGCUUAUUCCCGACCACCUCCAAAAUCUCAUGCGAUAGAAAAUGGCUACAUAAAUGGUAUGCCAUUAUCCAUUGGUUCUUGACGUCCGUAUAAAGUAAAAUACGAGCAGUGGAACUCAGUGGAAACAACGGCAUACUACUCAAAUAGCCAUUUUCUACCGAACGGGUUUUUACAGGCGGCCGAAAAGAAACUCAUUCAAAAGCCGCCAUCCUGGCGUGACUGAAAUAUCUUGGGAUUAUGCUACAUGUUAAUCAGUAUUACAAUCCCAUCUAAGAAAUCCGUUCUGAACGAGAGCGUGCUUUGAUGGGAUACGCCAUCUGCUGCCUCAUGACCAUGAGGUCGCCACUCCGUGGGAGCCGAUCCGCCUCCAUUGUCAGCGCCUACGCCCCUUCAAUGAUCACUCCCGACGACGCGAAGAACAAGUUACUCGAAGACGUGCACGCGCUCCUGGCGUUGGGAACAGUGUUCACUUGUGCGCUCCCCGCGUGGUUAAUUACUCCACCUAUGCGAAGUCUCAGCAACGAAUAUGGAAGGGGAAGGUCGUUGCACUUGUUGGUGGACUGGAGGCCUGUGAACCAUGAAUCAAACAGCUCGCGGCUCACGCGGUUGUCACCUCUAGCGAGAAUUUCCGCCUUGUCGAACUUGAAUCCGUGGCCGGAUCUCGUCGAAUGAGCCGCAACUUGAGAACUGGCGUUAUUUCUCCGGACGACUGCUGCGUGUUCAACCAUUCGCGUUCGGAGCUGCCUUCCGCUUUCUCUGACGUGGUUGCUUUGUCCGCAACUGCACCCGAUCCAAUAAACGACUCCAGACGUUUCUUGCCGUGGCAGUGGGUCUUUCGAUUUCAUUAUCUGACGCAAACCAGCGUCAAAACCAAGUGAAACGAGCUGCGAAUACAAUCCGGGCCACCACGAUGGAAGCCUUCGGCCGUGCAGGCGGGCAACACCAGGAUUGGUCUGAUGACAAUAACGAAGAAAUUCCCAUUCUGCUCCCCGACAAACAUCGGCCACACGCAAUCUACACUAUCCAGGACAGCAGCGUCAGUAAAACCGCAUAACUCCGAUGCCGACGGCUAGUGCAACCGAGGCUGGGGAAACCUGAGAUAUGCCGACCGUAGUGAGAUGAAGAAUUUUCCGCUGCCACUAAAGCAGUCUAUCGUUCAAAAACCAGAACGGAGCAGAUUGAGUAGUGAUAAACCGCACAAUUCCGGGGCAUCCUCAAACACCCAUCGACAGUACGCGGAGUCAUCAGCCAGCAUCUUCAAGUGAAUACCAAAGGCGACCUCCAUCGCCUUCCUUCUCUCCUUGAGGGAGUCAGAGCAGUGUAACAGCUAUACAGAUGGAAAGCUGCGAGAACAGGAGCAGUUCAAGUCGAUGCUUGAAAGUUUGGCGGCCAAAAAAUCACAAAAAUGAUUACCUCGGUAGUUCAGGAGAUGUGACUUCCUGCAUGAGGAAAUGUUGGAUCUCGCUGAAGGUUAGCGGGAUAAAUGUCGUCCGUAAAAAAAGAGAAUGGAGGCUGACUGCACACCAGGUGAAAGGCGGAGCAGAAAACUGUUCACUGAGGUUGCACUUUAUCCGGAGUAGGUUUUCAUGCCAUUUGAACGUAAAAAAUGAGAAUUCCGACUUAACCUAAUGUGACGAGGACUGUCACGGAUGACUGCUGCAGCCGCUACUACUACUACUACUACUACUACUACUACUACUGCUAUCGAUACUACUACUACUACUGCUAUCGAUACUACUACUACUACUGCUAUCGAUACUACUACUACUACUACUACUACUACUACUACUACUACUACUACUACUACUACUAUCGAUACUACUACUACUACUACUACUACUACUACUACUACUACUACUACUACUACUACUACUACUACUACUACUACUACUACUACUUCUACGACUACUACUACUACUUCUACUACUACUACUACUACUACUACUAA